AUGAUCUCAAAAAAUCGAACAAUUAAUGAAUUCAUCUUCCUGGGGUUUUCCAACCACCCUGAACUGCAGGGAUUGUUCUUCCUGAUAUUUUUAAUUGUGUAUCUGGUAACUCUUCUGGGAAACCUUCUGAUACUAACAGCAAUCAGAAUCAAUCCAGUUCUUCACACCCCUAUGUACUAUUUCCUCAGCAACUUGUCCUUCCUGGACAUCUGCUAUACCUCCACUACUGUCCCCGUCAUGCUGGUGAAUUUCUUCCGAGAGAAGAAGACUAUUACUUAUGAAGGCUGCCUGUCCCAGCUCUUCUUCCUUGUUACCUGUGCUGGUACUGAAGGUAUUCUAUUGGCCACUAUGGCUUAUGACAGGUUUGUAGCCAUUUGCUACCCAUUACACUACCCAGUCCUUAUGAGUAGGAGGGUAUGUGCAUACCUAGCAGCGGGGUCCUGGUUGUGUGGCUUGGGGAACUCUCUGAUCCACACAGGGCUCACAGUAACUCUCUCUGUGUGCAGUUCCAAUGAGAUCAGUCAUUUUCUCUGUGACAUUCCCCUACUUCUGAAGCUCUCUUGCUCAGACACUUCAGUGAAUGAGGUCACCCUCUAUGUGGCCAGUGUCACUGUUGGUCUGAGCCCCUGCCUCUUCACUGCUGUCUCCUAUAUCCUCAUUAUCUCGGCCAUCUUGAAGAUCCAGUCUGCUCAAGGACGGGGAAAAGCCUUCUCCACCUGUGCCUCUCACCUCACUGUGGUAGUCAUCUUCUUUGGAACUGCCAUCUUCAACUAUGACCGGCCCAGCUCAGGCUACUCCCUGGAUGUGGACAUACUGGUCUCUGUGCUCUUCUGUAUUGUUACCCCCAUGUUAAACCCCAUCAUCUACAGCCUGAGAAACAAGGAAGUCAAGGGGGCUAUAAGGAAAUUGGCUGGAGAAUGUGGGUCAAAGAGAUCUUAA